UACCUGUUCCUUGGUCCAGCGGAGUCCUCAUGGUCUUCUCUCCCGGCACGGGCAUCUUUAGUGUGGGCACCCGGCUGUGACAGCUUGAGGCUUCACAGUCGGGUGCCCACUGCGCAUGCACGAGAAGCGCUGCGCUUUGUGAAUAGUCCGGCAAUCUUCUGGGACCUGUCACGUGUCCCAGAAGACGGGGAUGGAGGAAGUGGGAGCGGUCUCUUGUCAUCUCCUGUAGUAUGUACGCAGUCUCUGGUCAUCUCCUCUACUAUGUCCACAGUCUCUGGUCAUCUCCUGUACUAUGUCCGCAGUCUCUGGUCAUCUCCUGUAGUGUGUCCGCAGUCUCUGGUCGUCUCCUGUAGUAUGUCCGCAGUAUCUGCUCAUUUCCUGUAGUAUGUCCGCAGUCUCUGGUCAUCUCCUGUACUA